AUGGAGAUGGAGCAGCAAGGCAUCUCUCCCUCCGGGUCUGGAGGAGUGCCCCGUCCCACCCCGACCGGGAGCAGCAGAGGGUUCUGGGACAGGACCGUGCAGAAGAUCCUAGGGGGGGAUGCGGCCGGCUCCGACAUCCAGCGCCGGCGCUUCCGGCAGUUCUGCUACCUGGAGGCCGAGGGCCCCCGGGAGGUGUGCAGCCGCCUCCACCAUCUCUACCGCCAGUGGCUGAAGCCCGAGAAGCACACCAAGGCUCAGAUGCUGGACCUGGUGGUCCUGGAGCAGUUCUUGACUGUCCUGCCCCCAGAGAUGGAGAGCUGGGUCCGAGAGUGCGGGGCAGAGACCAGCUCACAAGCAGUGGCCCUGGCCGAAGGGUUCCUCCUCAGCCAGGCAGAGGAAAAGAAGCAGGUACCGGAGGCAUCGGCCAAAGUGGCUGCAGAUUUCUGCAAGGCAGAGGAGGUGCCCUCGGGCAGCAGGCUGAUGCUGCUCUUCAGGGAGGCAGCGCAGGAGAAUAACGGAAGUCCCCCCCCCGCUGGCAGUGAUGGGAUCAAGGAGGACCUUUUUGGCAGCACUUUGGGGCUGCCACAGAAAGGCUCUGUCCCUCCAAGCAGCUGUCUAUCCCUGGGAAUUCAUUCCCGGCCUUCUCCGACGUGUGAUGGGAUGAAAGCAGUCUCAGCGCGGUUGCCGGAUCAGUGCCCUGUAAGCUUCGAAGAGGUGGCUGUCUAUUUUACGGAGGAGGAGUGGAGCCUGCUGGAUCCAGGCCAAAGAGCAUUGCAAUGGGAAGUCAUGGUGGAGAACUAUGGGAACCUGAAUUCUUUGGGUGAAGCUAUAGAGAGUAUAGGAGUUGCUGAGCCACAGGGAAGGAGAGCUGAGAGACCCUCUCAGCCAUGGCAUAAGGAAUCCCCUUGGUCGGAACAGGCCAGCUUCCCCAAAAUUUCCCUCCAAGAAGAAUGUUGGGUGAGUGACCAACGGCCAGCGUUCCCAGUGCGUAUAAAAUGCUCACCCGGCAAACUGGGCCUGAGAAGACACCAGAGAAGCCACAAGGGGGAGGCCGCGCUCAAGUGCCCCGAGUGUGGAAAAAGCUUCAACCGGCGCUACAGCCUCACUAGACACCAGAGAGUCCACACUGGGGAGAAAUGGUGGACCUGCUCCGUAUGCGGCAAGAGCUUUAGCCAAAGGUACCACCUCACCAGGCAUCAAAGAAUACACACUGCAGAGGAGUGGUGGAUCUGCUCUGUGUGUGGCAAAAGCUUCCGCUGUAGCAACAGCCGGAUAAGGCACGAGAGAAUCCACACAGGGGAAAAGCCCUUCGAAUGCUCUGUGUGUGGCAGGCGCUUCAGUGAGAGCUCAACCCUUUAUAAGCACCAGCGGGUGCACACAGGAGAGAAACCCUAUAAAUGCACGGAGUGUGGGAAGAGCUUCCGCCAGAAGAUCAAUCUCACGCGGCACCAGACGGUUCACACGGGGGAACGGCCCUACCCUUGCGCUGAAUGCGGGAAAAGCUUCAGCCAGAAGGUGAGCCUGACAUUACAUCGCACGAUCCACACAGGGGAGAAGCCAUACAGCUGCCCCGAGUGUGGGAAAAGCUUCACGCAGAGGAUAAAUCUCACUUCCCACCAGAGGACACACACAGGCGAAAAACCAUAUUGCUGCCCUGAGUGUGGGAAGAGCUUCAGCCGCAGCAAUAGUCUGGCGGAUCACUUGAAGCACCAUGUCAGCGUCCAGUGUGCAGAGAGCCCCUCUGAAGAAAAGCCUCUGUUCGAGUGACCCUGGGAGGAUUGGGGGCACGGGACACCCUGAGACAGCACCAGUUUUCCGUUCAAGGACUCCAGGCCAUGUCCUGAAAAAUCACUAAAUCUUGCCCGAUGUGCUAUGCUGGAUUCCUCCCCUUCCUAGCCAGCUUGAUCAGGUUGGCAAAGCUGCUGGGAAUUGUAGUCCAACACCUCUCAGGGGCACCAGGCUGGGAACCAUACCUAGAGGAGGGGCUUCUGCGCAGUCCGGAGAAAGUAUCAGGACAGCUCAGGGUAAAGAUGCUUGAAAUCCUGCAACAAUUCCUAUUCACCGGUGGAAACCAGAGAAGGUGUGAGGAUGAGAAUUGAAUGGCCAUCAUCUGCGCCCC